GCACUGACAGUAAAGAUCAGGUGAUUUUCUGGGUCAGAGUUGCAUGAGCACAAGAAUCCAAUGUGAGCAUGAAAGCUGUAUCUUAUCUUAUUAGAUAUUGAGGACAUGCAUCAUUUUAGUCUUUGUGGCAGGUGUUCUGUCAAAUUCUUAUGAUUGUUCUCUGUACUGUCCUCCUACACCUUGCACUGUGAAAUUUGACUUCCCUCAAUACUUGCUUUCUCGUUUGCGUUUGUUUCGGAGCGGGCACAUUACAAAGGUGUUUACGGAGUUGUAGCGUUACACGAGCCAACCGCGAGCCCAAGUCAACCUCGAGUCAACAACGAGCCAAGCCAAUUUUUUUUCUUUUUUUUUUUUCUUUUGUCCCCCCAAAAAUACAGAUUGUAGGAAGUAAAAUAUAUGAAUAUAGAUCGUCUUAGCAGUCAACAACAGGACAUUUUAAUAGCAGGAUCGCUCGCGCCGUCUUGUAGUCUUACGCGACAUAUUAUCUUAUCCAAAUAGUGAGUGACGUAAAUCUAGUUAACUAUCUACUGACUCAGAGAAAAGUUAAACGAUAUUAAACAUUCGUGCCACGCGAGUGAGUUGCCUCUUUCCUGAAUUUCGUGCCCGACCUUAAAGUUCCGAUAACUGUUGCAGGAUUAUGUUUGCAGAGCUGUGUUAGUGUUGCAAAGCUGCAUUUAUUUCAUCAAGAAACCAACGACAAUCGUGACAAUAACCUUAUAGAGCCGAAAUGAACAAAUGAAGAAAAUCAUCUAUAUUCAUACAUUUUAUUUCCUACAAUCUUUUUUUCGAGACAAAAGAAAAAAUAUUGGCUUGACUCGUGGUUGACUCGAGGUUGACUCGUGACUCGAGACUGACUUGGGCUCGCGGUUGGCUUGUGUAAAGCUACAACUCGUGUUUAAUACGUGAAGCACUGAUCUAAUCAAGGGUUCCACCUCUGGCUUUGUCAAUAAGGUUGACUGUAUGAAUACGUACCGAAUAGGAGUGUUCCUCGCUUGCAGCUGAUGACCUUCUAGGGAAAAGUUAAGUACUGAGGUAUAAUUAUCCAUGCCUAAAAUCGACCUACGUCAUUACUAACAUGUCUAGCACCUGCAAAUUCUAUGUAUGAUGCGCGAAGCGAGAAAUCUCUGGACACGAUCGCAAGUGCGUGCAAUUUUUAUCGGUAGGCUGCUACGUAAACAUCAUUUGCACAAAAAAUUAUCAUAUCGGUUUUUUCCUGUUAUGGGUGUCACGGUUUCCUCUCAGAGGCAAAAGAAGGUAGUUAAAAGGGUUCCUCCACCAUCUUUUGCUAGUUUUUCUACCACUGGAACCCUAACUACUUCAGCUCAUGUUGACGAAGGUGAGAAAACUUUUUGGUUAUUUGGAAAACUGGUUGUUGACCUGAGAGGUGGUGGCAACUGGAGGUUACACUGUACUCAAAAAGUGCUUUCUCUGUUAUUAAUUAAAUUAAAUUUUGCAUUUAAUUUUUUUAUGCAAAGGAUGAAAACGAUUGAUAUUGGAGAAGGUAAAGCACUGCUGGUGCGUGAAAAGGGAGAGUACUUUGCUGUUGGUCACAAGUGCACUCACUAUGGAGCGCCACUGUCUACUGGUCAUCUCUGCAAUGGACGAGUUCGCUGUCCCUGGCAUGGAGCAUGCUUUAAUAUCAAGACUGGAGAUAUUGAAGACUUUCCAGGACUAGACAGUAUACCCAGAUUUGAGGUGGUCAUCAAGAAUGAUAAUGUGAUUGUGAGAGCAUAUCCAGAGCAAUUAACAUCCCAUAAAAGAGUGAAGAAGAUGGUCAAAGCAGACACAAAUUAUGACAAGAGAGUCUUUGUAAUCAUUGGCGGAGGUGGGUCAGCCAUGAAAGCAGCGGAAACACUGAGGGAGGAGGGGUUUAAAGGGCGUGUUAUCAUGGUCUCAAAAGAAGAGCAUGUGCCCUACGAUCGUCCAAUUCUGAGUAAGAAAUUGGCUGCAACUGCUGAUUCAAUAAAGCUGCGUUCUUUGGAAUAUUUCCAGGAGUAUGAUAUUGAGUUUAUCAGUCAAGCUGAGGCUACAGCAUUGGAUAACAACAAGAAAACUGUCACUUUGAGUGAUGGCAGAGUUUUGAACUAUGACAAUGUUUUGAUUGCUACUGGAGGAAAACCAAGAAAGCUAAAUCUCCCUGGGAGUGAUCUGGAGAACAUUUUCCUAUUGAGAAGCCCAGAUGAUGCCAACAACAUUAUUUCAUUGGUCGCUGAAAAGAAUGUGGUGAUCAUAGGAACUUCAUUUAUCGGUAUGGAACUGGCCUCUAACUUUUCUGAUAAAGCAUCUUCUGUAACAUGUGUCGGAAGAAGCAGUAUUCCUUUUACGAAUGUGCUUGGAGAGAAAAUUGGCUCCAUGCUGAAAAAGAUUCAUGAAAGUAAAGGAGUCAAAUUCAUAACCGACGCUGGUGUGACUGGGUUCAAAGGAGAAAAUGGAAAAUUAACUGCGGUGUGUUUUGACAAUGGAACCGAAGUUCCCGCUGAUAUUUGUGUCCAAGGAGUAGGGGUAAUACCAUCCACUGAUUUCUUAAAAGCUAGUGGCGUGCCGCUAUCCAGCCGUGGAGAUGUGAUUGUCGACAAGUACAUGAAGGCGUGUGAAGGAGUGUUCGCUUCUGGAGAUAUCGCUCACUUUCCUCUGAAGAUGUUGAACUGGGACAGGGUAUCUAUUGGUCACUGGCAGAUCUCACACAAGCAUGGGUUGACAGCCGCGCGUAACAUGCUUGGAAGAAACGAAGAGAUUAAUACAAUACCGUUCUUUUGGACCUCACAGUAUGGCAAGAGCAUCAGAUAUUGUGGUCACGCCCAUUCAUUUGAUGACGUGAUCAUCGAUGGAAACGUAGAUCAACAGAAAUUCACGGCUUACUUUGUCAAAGGUGACAAAGUUCUAGCUGUAGCGUCCAUGGGGCCUGGGAACGCCGUCGCUAAAGCAGCCAAUGAAAUGUUUGAAGGAAAGAUGCGCUCUGCAUCCGAUAUUAGGGCCAGUCUUUGAAGGAACUGGAAACAUCAGGCGAGAUCACAGAAGAAGGCUGGACAUACAAUGAUGGAGCCCAUUAUAAUGUGAUAAUCGAAAGCUUAGCUUUUCCAGAUAUCUGGGACUUUUAAAAAGUAUCACGUCCGAGUAAUUUGUUUCAAAAUCACAUGCAUACAUCAUAGAAAUGUUUCACUUACAAAUAUAAUGUCAAUAUCUACACCUUGACGCACAUUUAAUUUGCUGUUGUAAACUUUUAUCUGGUUAGAAACUUGAUGUACAAACCGCUUCAACUGUAUGUAUUUACUGAACAGAAAUAGUAGUUUGGGAAUAUUAAAUAAUUAGCUAACUUUUCCAAA